AUGUCUGCUAGACGAGCGCCUUUGUCUAGCAACCCCAAUGUGGCCAAUUCGCCCUUGAGAGCGGCUUCUGCUCUGGCUCAGGCUAAGCAGAGACGCUCCCACGCUAAUAUUCAACGAGAGGAGCUUUAUGGGCAGCCUCCUCCGUUGAAGAGACAGGCCGUUGAGAGUGUAGCCUCGCGUCACCAACGAUCCCCCUCCAAGAUCACGAAGCCUUCUCAGCUGCCCCAGCGUGUCGCCCGCCCCGUUACAAAGGAAAAGGACCGAUCCGCAAACCACGAUGACGCCGCCAACGUCGACAAGAUCCGCCAAUGGCAGCACGAGUACCGUGGAAGAUUCCCUAAGAUGGUCUUCUACUUCGACGGCAUCACGGAGGAUCAGAGGGCAAAACUUGUCAAGCAUGCUACGUCCCUCGGUGCUAGCAAUGAACGCUUCUUCUCGAGCAGCAUCACUCACGUCGUAACCGCCCGUCCGAUACCCUCCCAGGAGGACACCCACCCCGCGCAUGAUGAACCCGAGCCUGAAGAACAGCCCCAGACCAUUAACCCGUCUCUCCUCGACCGAGCUCCCGAUGCACGGAGACGUUUGCUAUUCGAUCCUCCUACGAGACGAGCCCACGCUCAACCCCAGGAUGAUGGCAUUAGACGGCCCCGCGCGCCGCGUGUCAUGGACGUACUUCACAAGGCCCGUGACAUGGGCAAGAAGAUUUGGUCCGUCGAGAAAUUUCAGAGGAUGUUGCAGUUCUUGCUCGAACCCGACCCGCACGUCGUGGCUUCGUUUGGCGCCGAGGGCAAGUCCUCGAAAAGUUUGAGCACGAGAAAAGCAGCCGAGGAGCCGGGCUUGAUGCAGUUGCUACAAAAAGAGCGCCUGAACGGCCCUUCGGAUGCCGUCACCAGCCGGGAGAUGAUCCUUUUCAAGGGACCGUACCUUUACGUGUACGAUAUUGAUGAGAAGCAGAAGCCCAUUAUGGUUCGCGAAUAUUCCAAGGUCAACAACAAGUAUGAUGGCGAGUGGCCGCAAUUCCGAACUGUUACAGACGGCCGCUGUCCUUUCGUCGAAGAGCCGGAACCGGUCGAGCGAACGAGCCGUAAACAGCAGACGCAGCAGAAGGACCAGAAGGAAACGAAGGACCGCGUUGCGAAGCCCACACCUGAGGAGCGGGCGUCUUUUCAGCCUCCCCAGAUGCCUGCGCCCAAGGCUGUCAUUGGCAAGCGUACACUUACAGAGAUGCAAGACGGACAAAACAAGGCCAAGGCGGUUGAGAAGCCCAUGCAGAUGUUCAACCCCCCGAAGGUGGUGGCUGCGAACCCGAUCGAUUUCCGGCCCCAGAAUGCUUUCACGAGCAGGACUGGCGCGGGACGUUUAUUUGCUGGCGAGCCUGUGGCUUCUGGGGUGCAGCCUUCAAACAUCACGUCCGCCAUUCGCUCUCAAAUGAUUUCGUCUACUUCGGGUGUCAACGGGACCAAGGCUGGUACCAGCAAGGAGAUCCACGGGUUACAGCGCAAGGUGCUUCAGAGAGGUGCUCCUGCGCCCCAGGAUGCCAGCUCUCGCCGACUCACCGAGAUGAGCCUGGAUGCCACGUCCACGAGAUCGACCAGCAUUUCUAGGACGACGAGCAGGCGGAUGGAACUCAUGGAAGAAGAUGCAGAGAAGCAGACUUCCAAGCUCAUCCGGACCAGCUCGAAGACACAGGCGCCUCCUGCUAAGAGCAAGCGCGAUCUCAAGCCGGGCUACUGCGAGAAUUGCCAGGACAAGUUCAAGGACUUUGAUGAGCAUAUUCUUACGCGCAAGCACCGGAAGUUUGCAGAAAAUGAUGACAACUGGGCUGAGUUGGAUGACCUGCUUAACCAGCUUGAACGACUGCCGCGGGGGGUGAGGAGUACCCGCGAACUGUCUGCGCACGACGUGUCUCCGCGCCUCGGCGAAGAGGAAUUGAGUGAGUGGUAG